UCAGUCUGAUAGAGGCAGUAGGGGGAAGAUGGCGGCUGCAGGGCCACAGCGGGCAUGGAGUGCUGAGCAGUUGCGUAGCGAGGCGCUCCCCAAGAAGGACAUCAUCAAGUUUUUGCAGGACAACGGCUCGGAUUCGUUUCUUGCAGAACAUAAAUUACUUGGAAACAUAAAAAAUGUGGCCAAGACAGCAAACAAGGAUCAUUUAGUCACAGCCUACAACCACCUUUUUGAAAGUAAGCGUUUCAAAGGUACUGAGACUGUUGCCAAAGUGACAGAGCAGGUGAAAAGUGUGAAGCUUGAUGAAGAGAAAUCCAAAGAAGUCAAACCUGAAGAGACUUUGGAUGAGGGGCCACCAAAAUAUACAAAAUCUAUUCUUAAGAAGGGAGAUAAAACUAACUUUCCCAAAAAAGGAGAUGUUGUUCACUGCUGGUACACAGGAACUUUACAGGAUGGAACUGUUUUCGAUACUAAUAUUCAAACUAGUGCAAAGAAGAAAAAGAAUGCUAAGCCUCUAAGUUUUAAAGUUGGAGUGGGAAAAGUUAUCAGAGGAUGGGAUGAAGCACUCUUAACAAUGAGUAAAGGAGAAAAGGCUCGCCUGGAGAUCGAACCUGAAUGGGCUUAUGGCAAAAAAGGACAGCCUGAUGCAAAAAUUCCACCAAAUGCAAAACUUAAUUUUGAAGUGGAAUUAGUAGACAUCGAUUGAAGUGAAAAAUGUUUUACUGAUAUAAAAACUACAUACUUCAGGAGCUACUGUGGCCUUGUCCAUACUUGAAGAACUGACAAUUUCCAAGAAUAAAUUCCUCAAGUUGGAUGUGGAUGUGUUUUUGAAAAGGCUAUGUAAAAGAUUGAUUGGGGUUCAGUUUUCUAUUAUUUAAUAGUCAUAUUGUAAAUAGAAAAUCCUGAAUACAAAUACAUUAACACAA